UUUCGCUGUAAUUCGUAAAAAAAAAUAUCCUUACAAAAUAUCGUUUCCUUAUUUCGUAUUCGCGAUAAUGAGCAUUAAAACUGUUGAAGCUAAUGUACAAAUAGAUGUGGUAAGAUUGGAUUCUGAUAUUAUAGAAGAACACUUACGUUCCUCAACGGUCGUUUUACAAGAUAUAUUGACUGCCAACAAAUUCGAACUCGGUGACGGCUAUGGGUGUACACAAUGCGGCAAACUUUACAAAACUCCAAGUUCGUUGAACAUGCAUCGGAAUCUAAAACACCCCACGGACGAAGUUGAGGUCGAAUGUACUCGUUGCAGAAAAAAAUAUCCCUCGCGGUUGAGUUUACAUAAACAUGAACGAUACAUGCACUUGUAUGAUCACCGGUGCAAAGCUUGCUACAAGACUUUUCCAAUUGCAUCGCUAUUGGCUAAUCAUGAGAAUUGUUGCGUCAAAAGGGAGGCACCGUGCGACGUGUGCGGUAAAAUAUUUAAUUCGCCGCUCGCUCUCCGGAACCACAACAAAUAUAUGCACCCGGAAAAUUCGAAUAAUUCUUGUGAAAUAUGUCGACGUACGUUCAAAAGUUUCCGCAGCUUAUCUAACCACAUGGCUGCUGUACAUCCUACGGGAGCUACAAGCUGCCGAAAGUGCCAUCGCUCCUUUAAUUCCGCACGAGCUUUAGAAUAUCACACGUGCCAUGCAUCUUCUGGCCUAAAAUGUUGAAAUCUAACAGUGGUCUGUAUCGCCAUUUACUUAAAAUUCACUUUUCUGUAAGUAACUACUGGUGUGAAAUUUGUAAGAUCAAUUUUAAUGGUUCUAAAGCUAUUGUUCAACAUGUCAUGGAUGUGCAUACGGAUAAAUAAUUCUUUUGAUUAUAAUACGCAGUUUUAUUUACUUACCUUUGC